GGGGUAGUGCCGGGGCGGGAGCCCGCAGCGCCAUCCGAGCGGCGCCGGGGCCGGGAGCAGCAUGGCCCCGUCGGGCCCGGACGGGCGAGCCAUGGCCCCCGGGAAGAAGAUCACCGCCCGCAUCAAGAAGACGCUGCCGGUGCGCGGCCCGCAGGCGCCCACGCUGCGCGAGCUGAUGCGCUGGUACUGCCUCAACACCAACACGCACGGCUGCCGCCGCAUCGUGGUGUCCCGCGGGCGGUUGCGCAGGUUCAUCUGGAUCCUGCUGACGCUGAGCGCCGUGGGGCUGAUCCUCUGGCAGUGCGCCGAGCUCCUCUUGAACUACUACAGCGCGUCCGUGUCCGUCACCGUGCAGUUCCAGAAGCUGCCCUUCCCCGCCGUCACCAUCUGCAACAUCAACCCCUACAAGUACAGUUCGAUGAAAGAUUAUUUGUCUGAGUUGGACAAAGAGACAAAAAAAGCAUUGGAGACGUUCUAUGGAUUCUCAGAGGGCAAGUCCAAGGUGAGGCGGGCAGCGGGCAACUGGAACGGCACCGGGAGCCUGUUCUCAAGGCAGAUCCCACUGCUGAGGUUAGAGAACUCCUUCAGGACCGCCAUCGACCUCCACAGUGGGCGGAAGAGGAAAGUGGAGGGCAGCGUCUUCCACAAGGACUCGUCCAUAGUGAACUCUGGAGAUUCAAAUGAUAUCAUCGGCUUCCAAUUGUGCGAUGCAAACAACAGCAGUGACUGUGCACUUUAUACAUUCAGUUCUGGUGUUAAUGCUAUCCAAGAAUGGUACAAGCUGCAUUACAUGAACAUCAUGGCACAGAUUCCCUUGGAGACGAAAGAAGAAUUGAGUUAUUCUGCUGAUGACCUUCUACUGACAUGUUUUUUUGAUGGCCUAUCUUGUGACAAAAGGCACUUCACCCGUUUCCAUCACCCCCUGCAUGGCAACUGCUACACCUUCAACAGUGGGGAGAACGGGACGGUGCUGAGCACCUCCACCGGCGGCAGUGAGUACGGGCUGCAGGUUGUUCUGUACAUCGACGAAGCAGACUACAAUCCUUUCCUGGUGACGUCAACAGGAGCCAAGAUCAUUGUCCACGACCAAGAUGAAUAUCCCUUCAUUGAGGACAUUGGCACAGAAAUUGAGACGGCGGCGGCCACCUCCAUAGGGAUGCACUUUACACGGUCCCGCAAGCUGAGCAAACCCUACAGUGAUUGCACAGAGACUGGUGCUGAUAUACCUGUAGAAAACCUCUAUAACAAGAGCUACUCCCUCCAGAUUUGCCUGCACUCCUGCUUCCAGAAAGCCAUGGUGGAGUCCUGUGGCUGUGCCCAGUACGCGCAGCCGCUGCCCAAUGGGGCGGAGUACUGCAACUACAAGAAGAACCCCAACUGGAUGUACUGCUACUACAGAUUGCACGAGAAGUUUGUGAAGGAGCAGCUGGGCUGCCAGCAGAUCUGCAAGGAUGCUUGCAGCUUCAAGGAGUGGGCGCUCACCACCAGCAUUGCCCAGUGGCCCUCCACUGCAUCUGAGGACUGGAUGCUUCGAGUACUCUCCUGGGACAAAGGACAGAAAAUCAACAAGAAGCUGAACAAAACGGACCUUGCGAACCUCAUGGUGUUCUACAAAGACCUGAAUGAGCGCUUCAUCUCAGAGAACCCUGCCAACACACUCGUCAUCCUUCUGUCCAACUUCGGCGGGCAGCUGGGCCUGUGGAUGAGCUGCUCGGUUGUCUGCGUCAUCGAGAUCAUCGAGGUCUUCUUCAUCGAUUCGUUCUCCAUUGUCAUGCGGCGCCAAUGGCAGAAAGCAAAGAAGUGGUGGAAUCACCGGAAAAGGGACAGGACGGGCAAACCCCCCGAGGUGGGCGACGCGGAGCAGCAGGGUCACGACAACCCGACCUGCAUCGAUGAGGACCUGCCCACCUUCAACACUGCCCUGCGCCUGCCGGUGCCCCAGGAGGGCCACCUGCCCAGGACUCCCCCCCCAAACUACAGCACUUUGCGGUUGGAGACCGCCUUCACGGAGCAGCUCCCCGACACGCUGGAGGCUGAGCAGCACUGAUGCCUCUUCACCCCUCAUCCAGGUGCCUGGGUUGGAGGUGGAUGCCCCUGCCCUGUGUCAGGAUGAGAGGUGCGCACCCAGCGAGCACUGAAGGGCUGUUGGGUCAGACCCUUAUUCAGGGAUGGAUCUUGCGGUCAGAGCCUCUCUGAGCAAAGCUCAGACACAAAAGCCGAGGGCUUAGAGACAUUAGGAACUUCAAACAACACCAAUUCCCCAGUUAAUUACUGCAGGAGGUGGUUGGAGCAGGAUGCAGCACUGAGCCAGGAGGACUUGCCUUAGCAACCAGCUUCACGCACCCCAUCAUUUGUGGACAGGAGUUACUCCAUAGUAGAAGAUUGAUGCCACACUGACUAUCAACACUAAUUGCUCUCUGCUGUGUGGCUUGACUUGGGGGAAAAACCCCAGGCUUUCAGGAAUGCAGGAAGGGGAAACACAGAGGUUUGGAAAGAGCACACGGUGAAUAGGAGGAAGGUUCUCGAGGUGGAUUUUGAUUAGGAUCCUGAUUCCAAAGGUGUUAUUCUGGGAUGAAAAGUUAGGACAGUCACAGAUGUGCGUGCAGAGCGAGUUACUCACAGCUUGAAUCGGAGGACCUCAGUCAUCCCAAAAUAAUCACCUGAAAAGGGCAUGAAAUCAAAUUCAGAUUGCAGUAAUGAAUGGUGUAUCCCGCAAGCUUCUUCCAGUUAACAUGGUUUGAGGCACUAUUACACACCUUAGAGCAGCCGCUGGCACUGCCCAGCCUCUGUGUGUGCCCUGCUCUGGGCUGCAGCUUCCCCUCCCUGGCCUCUAGCUGCCUUGCUGUGUGCUCCUGCCUGACUCCUGCUCCUGCAGUGCCCACUGCAGCCCAUUCCCACUGCCUGCAGCUGUUCGAUGUGCAGGAGCAGCCUGCAGGAGGUUGGCUGCUGUGGUAUUGAGUAGUGAAUGUGCAAGUGUGCAUGCAUGUGUGUGUACAGGAGUCCCUCUCUUGCUUUUUCUCUCUAGAUGAACUUAUUUUAUAUAGGAAAGAGAGAAUCCAGAAAGGUUCUUUCAUGUGCAAUAAAAUAUAUUUUAACUGGAUUAUUUAAA